AUGGCGGACAAGGAAAGUCACAUUGCUGAAUUUUCUGAACCUCACUCGACAGCCUAUUUGCUAUUCAGUUCUCCGAUCGUCAUCCUUAUUGUCGGUCCUGACAAACAUGUGCUCAAGGCUCACGAGUUUGUUUUGACGCCAUGUGGCUAUUUCGUCAAUUGUCUGCGACAGAAUAAAUUGCAGGGGGCCGUCACGAACGAGAUCCUUUUGCCUGAUGAAGACCCAGGCAAUAUCGCCAAGAUCCUGAACUGGCUGUACACCCUUGAACCAGAGCGCAGCUAUGUUCGGGCAUUCUGGGCAAGUUUGGACUCAUGCCUAUCCCUCAGCGACAAGGAGGAGUUGCUGGAGAGACUUAUCGUCGACUACACUCUGGCCAAGAGAUAUCUCUUCAGGGAGAUAUCGGAUGCCAUCCUCCAGUGUGAUAGCUUUCAGCGCCUUUGGGAGACUGGAUUGGUCAUUGACUGGAAGCAUUUUCAGCAAUUGCAAACCGCAGGCCUUCGAGAUUCGUCGCUGUGGACAUCGCUGGUGUCGCUCUUGGCAGGGAUGAUACUCCGUGGACAGUGCGACUUGAAGAGUUCCUUGGACGAAAGGUUGUACCAGGAUCAUGACUUACUGCAAGAGCUUUUCUUUCGUUUGUCUUCAUUGCAGUUUGAAUGA